CGGCACAAAACCAAUUCUAGCGUACAAAAGCUCUUCAUUCUUGCUCUUAGAAAACCACCCAUACAAACAAAACUACGUGGGAUACUCUCUGUAUCUCCACUUUAAAAAAUUCUUCCACUUCAUUUUUUUUCUUUGAGCAGCCAUAGUGACAUAAGAUACCGAGCAUAUCUAUAUGUACUAUAUUCUUCUCCUGUUGUGAGCUCUUCUCUAGUCAACGGCAAUUCGGGCAACGGUCGAAGGUUUCAGUCAAGGUAGCUACAAGUCUGAAACGGUGUAGGAUUAUCCUGGGAGCGAGUUGGCCAGUCUCGUUCGAGUAGCUAUCGAGAUACGGGGGCUAUCUUUCUUCAAGAAAGAUAAUAUUUCUCGAGUUUUGAAAAUCCAAUAUGACGAACUUGGAAAAUGCUGCUACUUCCGAAAAUGUUGUUGUUGAGAAUAAUGUGAAUGAAAUCCCUGAAAAUAAUGUUAAUUCUGUGUCUGUGACUAAUUCUGAAGACACACCUGAAUUUGUUGCCACGGGCUCUCACAGGGUUGAUUUGACCGGAAUGCCUGAAAAAUUUUCUGGUCAUUUUUUCAAGCGUUGGCAACAAUGCAUGAAAAUUUGGUUAAUCACCAAGGGAUUGCUCUCGGUAAUUAUGACAGUGUGUCCCCCCGUUGUUGAGUCUGAUCCCAAGAGUCUUGAACGCCAAUCUUUAUGGCGUGAGAGGAAUGAAAUAGCCAAAGGAAUGAUAUUGUUGGGACUCUCCGACAUGUUAUUUGAUGUCUAUUGCACCCUCCACGACACGGCUAAAGACCUUUGGGAUGAGCUGGAUAGGAAAUAUAAUACUGAUGACCACGGUCUCGAAAAGUAUAUUGUUUCCAAAUUCUUGAGAUUCGACAUGAAGGAGGGAAAAUCUGUUUUAGAACAAACACAAGAAUUUGAGCUUAUCUUACAUUCUCUCCGUGAAGCAGAUAUGGAAUUGCCUGAAAAAUUUAAAGUCAUGGCUGUAAUUGAAAAAUUCCCCAAAUCGUGGGAAGAUUUUGGUUUGACUUUAAAACACAAAAUGAAAAAGAUAACUUGGAAAUCUUUGAUGCAUUCCAUUACUGUUGAGGAAGAACAUAAGAAAGCGGGUUACAUUGUUCCUGUUGAAUUUCAGCCAAAGGCUCAUGUUGUAACCGUGGGAAAGCAGUCACAAAAUUCUAAGAAUAAACAACCAUCAUCUUUUAAACCAAUAAAGGCCAAAUUAAAAAUUGCAAAGAAACCAAAGGCAAACCGUCCAUGCUGGAACUGUGGACAGAUGGGGCAUUGGGCCAAAUUAUGCCCAAAUAAAAAGGCUAAGGCUCAAUCCGGUGGACCUCAAGUCAACAUGGUGACUGGAGGAACUAGUUCUGAUGGUCAGCGGUUGGAAGAACAGUGAUGAUGGGAAACACAAGUGCUGCUAGUGUGCAUGGAGUUGGAAAAGUGGAAAUAAAAUUUCCUUCGGGAAAAAUUCUAUCUUUGCAUGGGGUGCAUCAUGUUCCCGAAAUUAGAAGGAACAUUGUUAGUGGUUCCAUUCUUGUAAGGGAGGGUUAUGAAUUGUCUUUUAAAUUAAAUAAAGUUGUAAUUUUAUUUGGUGGAACUUUUAUUGGCAAGGGUUACUUGUCAGAUGGACUUUUUAAGAUUGUGGUUGAUUAUUAUGAAUUAAAUUAUGUAUCUGAGAAUUGUGAUUCUUCAACUUUAUGGCAUUAUCGUUUGAGUCACGUUAAUUUAGAUUCUGUGAAAAGAAUGAUGAAUUUAAAUUUAAUUCCUAAACACUCAAUUGAUAAAACUAAGAAAUGUAUGGUAUGUGCUACUACAAAACAAGUAAGAAACCUUAUCAUUCAAUUGAUAGAAAUUCAGAAUUACUUGAUUUAAUUCAUACCGACAUUUGUGAGUUUAAUGGAGUGCUAACUCGUGACAAAAAGAAAUACUUUAUCACUUUUAUUGACGAUUAUUCUAAAUACUGUUAUGUGUAUCUACUUAAGGAUAAAGAUGAAGCUCUUAAAAAAUUCUUAAUUUUUAAGAAUGAAAUAGAGAAUCAAACUGGCAAGAAAAUUAAAAGGUUAAGAUCUGAUAGGGGAGGAGAGUACACCUCUAAUUUAGUUGUACUAGAAUGCCAAAAAUAUGGUAUAGUACAUGAAGAAACACCUCCUUAUUCACCGCAAUCAAAUGGAGUAGCUGAACGGAAAAAUAGAACUUUUAAAGAUAUGAUUAACAGUUUAUUAGAGAACUCUGGAUUACCUAAGUUUAUGUGGGGGAAGCCUUGAAUACGGCCUGCCAUAUUUUGAACAGGAUUCCCAUGAAACAUAAAGACAAGUGUCCAUUUGAACUCUUGAGAGGCAGAAAACCAAGUUUAAAAUAUUUUAAAGUGUGGGGCUGUCUUGCAAAAGUAUUAGUCCCUGAACACAAAAGAAAGAAACUUGGGCCUAAAACUGUUGAUGCUAUUUUUAUUGGUUAUGUUGAACAUUCUUAUGCAUUGAGAUUUUUGGUUAUUAAAUCUGAAAUUUCUGGCAUAGAUGUUAAUACUAUUAUAGAACUUCGUGAUGCUACUUUCUUUGAAAAUGUUUUUCCAAUGAAAACGGGUGUGCCCCAAAAUAUUUCUUUUAAAAAUCAAGAAACCACAUUUAAUUCAAUUCCUGAUCAAGUGAAAAAGAUGACAAAUGUGGGGGUAGAAUCUAGUAGUACUAGUCACGCUAGUUUUGAAUCAAAUGAACUAGAUGAGCCCCGAAGGAGCAAACGGGCUAGGAUCACUAAGGAAUUUGGAAGUGAUUUUAUCACUUACAAUAUUGAGGGUGAUCCAGUUUCCUUUAGAGAUGCAAUGGCUACAUCUGAAGCCAUGCAUUGGAAGGAUGCCAUUAAAAGUGAAAUGGACUCUAUUGUUCAAAAUGGAACAUGGGAGCUCGUUGAUCUUCCUCCGGGGUGCACUACUAUUGGAUGUAAAUGGAUUUUUAAGAAGAAAUUAAAACCGGAUGGAACCAUUGAUAAAUAUAAGGCCAGAUUAGUUGCUAAGGGUUACAAACAAAAAGAAGGUAUUGAUUUUUUCGAUACAUAUGCUCCGGUCGCAAGGAUGACCACAAUAAGAAUGCUUAUAGCAUUGGCCUCCGUAUAUGAUCUUAAAAUUCAUCAAAUGGAUGUUAAGACAGCUUUUCUUCAUGGUGACCUUGAAGAAGAAAUUUAUAUGGAUCAACCUGAGGGAUUUGUGGCAAAAGGCAAUGAGAGAAAAGUUUGUAAAUUAGUUAAGUCUUUAUAUGGACUUAAGCAAGCCCCUAAGCAAUGGAACGAAAAAUUUGAUAAAAUAAUUUCUUCGUUUGGAUUUACUCUUAUAGAUGCUGAUCAAAGUGUUUAUUAUAAAUGUAAAGCUGAUAUUAGUAUUAUUUUAUGCCUAUAUGUUGAUGAUAUAUUAUUAUUUGGCACUAAUGAUAAUAUUAUUUUUGAGACUAAGUCAUUUUUGAAAACAAAGUUUGAAAUGAAGGAUAUGGGGGUGGCUGAAGUAAUUCUUGGGCUAAAGUUGACUAGAUCAACUGAAGGCAUUUCUAUUUCUCAGUCGCAUUAUAUUGAAAAAAUAAUUGAGAAAUUUGGAUUUAAAAAUAGUAGAAUUGCUAAAACACCCUAUGAUCCGUCAGUAGCUUUGUAUAAAAAUGAAAGUGGUAUUCCUGUGUCUCAAUUAAGAUAUUCUCAGAUGAUUGGUAGCUUGGGUUACUUAGCUAACUGUACUAGACCCGAUAUUGCAUUUUCGGUGUCUAAGUUGAGCCGGUACACUUGUUGUCCAAACAUGACUCAUUGGGAGGCCUUAGAUAGAGUAUUUAGAUACUUAAAAGGAACAAUUUCCUUGUGUUUGCAUUACGGUAAAUAUCCUCCUGUUCUUGAGGGAUAUAGUGAUGCAAGCUGGAUAGCUAAGAAUUCCGGAAGUUAUGGAUGUACCGGCUAUGUGUUUACGUUUGGUGGUGGGGCUGUUGCCUGGAAGUCCACUAAACAAACGAUACUUUCUCGGUCCACUUUUGAGGCUGAAUUAUGUGCAUUGGAUACUACAGGAAUUACGGCUGAAUGGUUUAUGGGACUAAUAUCUGAGUUACCUAUAUUCAGCAAAUACCUUUCUUUGUUUGCAUUGUGAUAGUAUGAGUACAAUUGCAAAAAUUAGGAGUACCAAGUAUAAUCAAAAGACUAGGAGACACAUUCAAGUUAGAUUAAAAACUAUAAGGAAAUUUGUGUCUCAAGGGGUAUUUGCUGUUGAUUUUGUUGGAUCCAAAGAUAAUACAGCAGACCCUUUAACAAAAGGACUUGAUUUAAAUCAAGUCAUAAAAUCCAGGUUAGGAAUGGGACUGAAACCCAGUAAUUAUUCAACUACGGUAGCAACCCAACCUAUCUGAGUGGAGAUCCCAUAAAGUAGGUUCAAUGUGGUAUAAACAAACCGUAGUGUAAAUUGUGCAUCUCAUUAAAAUAUUUUAUGAGUUCUAUUCCUUGAUAAGCCUGAGAGAUGCUGAACUUGCUAAGUAAGUAAGAGUUUAAGACUCUGAAUGGGAUCGAGCUUUAAAGCAGAGUGUUAGCAAUGCACUCUUGGAGAUGCCCAACUAUGAGAAUGUUAUUGUGUGGCCGCAAUUAGAGAAUAAGGGUUAAUUCUCGAUAACAUUCUUGAGACAGGUUCGGGACGCACGGCCGUAAAGCGUCAACCCUAUAGAUCGUUGCCAUUGCCAUUAGUGUGUUGCUUUUAUCCUACUCCAACACUAUCAAGGUUCGAGUUCAAGAACUUAGUUCACUCAGUUCCUGUGGGGGUUAGGGGUAAAAGCUUAGAAGUUGGUUCAAACCGGAAGGUACCAUAUUCGAAAGCACACUAUGUCUUUUAGAGUUGAACUAACAACUAUGGAUUUGUGGGGGAUUGUUGGAAAUAUGAUGAAAUAUAUAAUUUUGAGGGUCUCGUUUUCGAACCCUAUGACAUCAAUUGUGUAAAAUAUGAAUUGGAGAAGGCUUAAAUACAUCAAAGAACAAUUUACAUAUUUGGAUAUAUUUCAUUUAAUGACUAGAAUCCAUAGUUGUAAAGUUGUUAAGUGAUGUACUAAUAAAUUGAAUGUAAUUGUCCAAUUAAAAAAAUUAGUAGUCUCAUCAUGAUUAAUUAAUUAUUUGUAUAUGACAAGGAACAUUAUAGUGUUCAAGUUUCAUAUAAAGUGACAUGAUAUAUUUUUCCAAACAUAUACGUGAAAAGACGGAUUAUGAUUGGUUUAAUUAUCACAAGUCAAGAGACUAUUUAAUUGGGUGGACAACAAUUCUGUGGUUGCUAUACACCUGCUUUGUUUUUAUUUUUAAUAAUAAAAACUACCCGCCUAGUGGAACAAGUCAUAGCUGAUCCAAAUGUUAAAAUUGAAUUUAAAAUUCAAUUUGAUUAAGCCUGGUCAACUAAUUGUUGAGGGAUCCUAAAGACUUGGGAUCGUGGCUUUUAUUUCGGUUAGUUUGGCCGGCCACUUCUCUCCAUUUUUCUUUUAAAAUAAAAUAUAUAUCUGAUUUCCAAAUGAAGAAUCCCACGGCACAAAACCAAUUCUAGCGUACAAAAGCUCUUCAUUCUUGCUCUUAGAAAACCACCCAUACAAACAAAACUACGUGGGAUACUCUCUGUAUCUCCACUUUAAAAAAUUCUUCCACUUCAUUUUUUUUCUUUGAGCAGCCAUAGUGACAUAAGAUACCGAGCAUAUCUAUAUGUACUAUAUUCUUCUCCUGUUGUGAGCUCUUCUCUAGUCAACGGCAAUUCGGGCAACGGUCGAAGGUUUCAGUCAAGGUAGCUACAAGUCUGAAACGGUGUAGGAUUAUCCUGGGAGCGAGUUGGCCAGUCUCGUUCGAGUAGCUAUCGAGAUACGGGGGCUAUCUUUCUUCAAGAAAGAUAAUAUUUCUCGAGUUUUGAAAAUCCAAUAUGACGAACUUGGAAAAUGCUGCUACUUCCGAAAAUGUUGUUGUUGAGAAUAAUGUGAAUGAAAUCCCUGAAAAUAAUGUUAAUUCUGUGUCUGUGACUAAUUCUGAAGACACACCUGAAUUUGUUGCCACGGGCUCUCACAGGGUUGAUUUGACCGGAAUGCCUGAAAAAUUUUCUGGUCAUUUUUUCAAGCGUUGGCAACAAUGCAUGAAAAUUUGGUUAAUCACCAAGGGAUUGCUCUCGGUAAUUAUGACAGUGUGUCCCCCCGUUGUUGAGUCUGAUCCCAAGAGUCUUGAACGCCAAUCUUUAUGGCGUGAGAGGAAUGAAAUAGCCAAAGGAAUGAUAUUGUUGGGACUCUCCGACAUGUUAUUUGAUGUCUAUUGCACCCUCCACGACACGGCUAAAGACCUUUGGGAUGAGCUGGAUAGGAAAUAUAAUACUGAUGACCACGGUCUCGAAAAGUAUAUUGUUUCCAAAUUCUUGAGAUUCGACAUGAAGGAGGGAAAAUCUGUUUUAGAACAAACACAAGAAUUUGAGCUUAUCUUACAUUCUCUCCGUGAAGCAGAUAUGGAAUUGCCUGAAAAAUUUAAAGUCAUGGCUGUAAUUGAAAAAUUCCCCAAAUCGUGGGAAGAUUUUGGUUUGACUUUAAAACACAAAAUGAAAAAGAUAACUUGGAAAUCUUUGAUGCAUUCCAUUACUGUUGAGGAAGAACAUAAGAAAGCGGGUUACAUUGUUCCUGUUGAAUUUCAGCCAAAGGCUCAUGUUGUAACCGUGGGAAAGCAGUCACAAAAUUCUAAGAAUAAACAACCAUCAUCUUUUAAACCAAUAAAGGCCAAAUUAAAAAUUGCAAAGAAACCAAAGGCAAACCGUCCAUGCUGGAACUGUGGACAGAUGGGGCAUUGGGCCAAAUUAUGCCCAAAUAAAAAGGCUAAGGCUCAAUCCGGUGGACCUCAAGUCAACAUGGUGACUGGAGGAACUAGUUCUGAUGGUCAGCGGUUGGAAGAACAGUGAUGAUGGGAAACACAAGUGCUGCUAGUGUGCAUGGAGUUGGAAAAGUGGAAAUAAAAUUUCCUUCGGGAAAAAUUCUAUCUUUGCAUGGGGUGCAUCAUGUUCCCGAAAUUAGAAGGAACAUUGUUAGUGGUUCCAUUCUUGUAAGGGAGGGUUAUGAAUUGUCUUUUAAAUUAAAUAAAGUUGUAAUUUUAUUUGGUGGAACUUUUAUUGGCAAGGGUUACUUGUCAGAUGGACUUUUUAAGAUUGUGGUUGAUUAUUAUGAAUUAAAUUAUGUAUCUGAGAAUUGUGAUUCUUCAACUUUAUGGCAUUAUCGUUUGAGUCA